UGAUUUAUAAAAAUCGAAAUGCUUCAUAUGUAUUUUACAUUGUCAAAUUAUGAUACUUCGAAAAUCGUUUUUGAAGUUUGAGAGUGCUAUUUCCGAUAGAAGUGCUAAAUCCUGAAAAAAAUCGGUUGGUGUGCACUCUUCUGCCUGACAAAUACCUAAAUGUUUACGCCGCCCCUGUUAAGGAAUCAAUGUUCAUAUUCACUUUCACGUUAAUAUCCAAAUUAAUUCUGUUUGAAGAAGCAUUACUCUGAGUAGUAGUUCUAGUUAAUUAUUUGAUGAUUAUGAUGAUGUCAUAAUAACGGUGCAUUUGCCUAGUAAGGCCUAGGCUUAAUUCAGAUAACAAGCAACAUUGAUAACGCUACAAGAUUAUUUUUGUUCUUGGCCUACUUAUAUCAUUUCUGAUAGCGAGUUAUCAGCUUCAAAGUCCAUUGUACACCCAUCAAAUUCAAAUCAUCCAGAUUUAGAAUUACAGUAGAACUGCAGACACAAAAUGGAACAAAUGACUGUAAGAAUAAUUGUCGUGCUGGUCUACUCUGCACUGGGUGCUGUGGGGAAUAUUGUUACCGUAGAAGAAGGAACAAUACAGGGGACAAGAUUGGUUUUCACCGAUGAGACCAUACUAAAUGUAAAUCGGACAAUCGAUGUUUACCGCGGCAUUCCUUAUGCCGAGGCCCCUAUCGGUGAAAAACGAUUCUCACCACCAGAAGCAAAAAGAUAUUGGAGCCCUGAGAUAUGGAACGGAACUGAAUUCAGAAAUGCAUGCCCGCAAACUAAUCCGAACAUUCAAUCGGUGGAAACUGGCGAAGACUGCCUUUAUUUGAAUAUAUUUGUUCCUUUUAGUGAAACGGUACGUUUGAGACCUGUUAUGGUGUGGUUUCACGGAGGUGCAUUUGUUGUUGGAACAUCGUCGCAACCGGAGUUCGACCCUACGGUCCUGUCAGUUGUUGGAGAUCUUAUAAUCAUUAAUGUUAAUUAUCGACUUGGUAUAUUUGGGUUUUUAACUACCGGUGAGGGCAUCAACCUACUAAUAUUAUCUUAUUUGUUCAGUGUAUCGCAGUACAGUAAUCGGGCGGUGGAAUUGGACACGAACAAGGCCAUUGAAGAUGGACGAAGCGUCGGCCGUGACCUGAAUUGUGACUACCAAACAUCAAGAGACUUUAUAACGUGCCUUCGGAAUAAAACAACAGAUGAGAUCUUAGAAGCGCAAAGAAAGGUCGUACUUCAAACAGUAAAUGUCAUUCCAUUUGUGCCGACGGUCGAUGGGUACUUUCUCGCUGAUAAACCGACAAAACUUCUUGAAAAUGGCAACUUUAAGUCAGCUAAAAUCAUGAUCGGUAACAACAAAGAUGAGGGUACAUUGUGGGCAGUGCGAGCUUAUCCCGCAUUCCUCACUACCCGCAACCCACCAAAAAUGCCGUUAGCUGAAUUUCGUGAAGUAUUUCCAGAGUUUGUAUACUGGUACAAAGACCCACACACAGCCGAUGCGAUUGAACAACAAUACCUAGACUGGACCAUCGUGGAUGACACUAACGCUGAUCACUUUGAGACUUUUGUUAAACUUACUACUGACCAGUCAUUUGCUUGCCCAGCCAAUGACGUAGCCAGGGCGCAUGUGGUAAAUGGAAACGAUGUAUACCGCUAUGAGAUGACCCAUGUACCAAAAACAUCUGUCUGGACGCUGAAAAAAAGGGUAGGACCUAAAUGGAUGGGUGCAACUCACGGGGAAGAUUUACCGUUCAUGUUUGGCUGGGGGUUCAACGAUGCAUUUGAUGACCGGUAUGGAGAGCAACCGGAAGAUGAAAAGAAAAUGGCCGUCCAAUUCAUGACAUACUGGGCGAAUUUCGCUAAUUAUGGCAAUCCAAACGGAAAUUCUAGUGCAAUACAAAAUUUACCUUAUCCCGAAUGGCCGAAAUUUACUCUACCAGAAUUAGAAUACAAACAACUAUCUAAGGAGAUGGAAAAUGGGCGUGCACUUCGAGCAGACGGUUGUAGCUUUUGGCGUAACUAUGUUCCAAGAUUAGCAACUUAUACAGGUGAAAUAUCUGAUGUUGAAAAAGAAUGGCGGGAAAGUUACUAUACUUGGAAGUAUGACGAUAUGCCGGGUUGGAAAACAGCAUUUAAUGAUUACAAAAACAAUGAUCAAUGUGAAAUGCCAUAAAAGUGCUAUUAUAUUAGGCCUUUAACAUUCUUUUAAAGUAACAGGAAAUAGCAUUAAGUUAUGAUUUACAGACUCUUUAUCCUAUCAAUAAAAUCAUUUUUUAUCAUCGUGUCUGCGUAGGAGUAUCCGAAUCCGGACCAAGGUGACUAAAGUCUAUUUUUGAACAGGAUAAUAAUCGAUCUCUUCAGCAUUGUGUCCAAGUGAUAUUGUGUCACACAGUCACAUAGAAAUGCAACAAAACAAGCUUCAAGUUAUACCAGGGACCAGUUAUAUUACAAUAUUAAUAUUUUCAAGUAAUAAAAAUAAUAACAUCUGGUUAUACAAAAUGGUUUUCAUG